GAACACCAAGUUGCAAAAUGGACGUUUAUGUAUUUUGAGCGGAUUAUUUACUUUCUUGAGAAAUUAAACAAUUAUAUUGUACAUAAAGUAUCAGAAUUUGAUCCAGUAUAUGUUCUCUAUGCUGUAGAAGUUUAUUUCUUGUGAAAAAUCGCCUACAUAGUUUGAUUAGAAUCAAAUUAAUGUAUUUUGUUGACAGCGUCCUUUAGGAAAUGAGGUGAAUGAAUACCUGGAUAAUAAUUUUACCCCCUGCUGGAAGUGUGCGAUUUACCAUGUAGUCUACAAACAAAAAUGUUCAAUGUGACGCGCUGUUAAAAAAUAUAAUGGAAUCCAAGUCUGCAUUGGCAGAUGUCAACUCCGACAUCGAGUUUAAUACGAUCGCAUUUGAGAAAAAGUUGUCAGCUUUAAAAGAUUCGCAGGACAGUAUAAACAGUUGUUGCCAGUGGUGUCUACAAAAUCGUCACCACCACAAGAAGAUCGUGAGUGCGUGGCUUAACGUGUUAAAACGUGUGAAAAUUGAGCAUAGACUUACGUUAUUUUAUUUAGCAAAUGAUGUGAUACAGUACUCUAAGAGACGUAAUUAUGACUUUGUGCAGAGUUGGGGCACGACAUUGCAGAAAGCGACCACCAUGGUUCGGGAUGAAAAGAUUAAAAACAAAGUGCUUAGGAUCUUUAAAAUAUGGGAGGAACGCGGCAUCUACGGAGAGGAGUUUAUUACGGAUUUGUGCGGUUUGAUAAGCGCUACGCCUUCUGGACGAAAGGGCGACGAACCACAUCAGUUUAAUCCCUCGUAUUUAAUACAGAAGGUUUGGGCCUGCUCUAAGCUUGAAAAUGACACUGAUGUUAAGUUGAACCAACUCAAGGAGCACAAUCCAAAAAUUCAGAUCGAUAGUGAUUUACUGAUAUCGUCACUUAAAGAUCGAGCUAAUGUUGAUGAUGUAGAAAAGGAGUUGGACGAGUACAACAAGCAUAUGGAAAAUUACAUAAAUGCCCUAAAAUUGGAAAUCAAAGCUAGGAUACACUUAAUAUCUUUGUUAACGCAAGCAGAAAGUCAGUUAGACAAAGAUAAAAAGGAUGUAAAAUUCGUCACAACGGCGUACAGAACGUUUGCCGCGAGGGUAAAGACAUUAAAAAAGAAACUGGAGGAGAAAAUACCGACGUUGGCGAGUCCUGUGCCAUCUCCAGAUGUGAAUGCGCCAUCCCCCAGUUCCGAUUCAGAAAUUGACCUGCCAGCAACAACAGUUGUCGAGACAACUGCAUCAUCUGUGAUUACGACUUCUUCUCCAACGAUAAUUGCUUCGGAUGUCAUUUUUACAAAUCCUGGAUAUUACAACCCAGUUCCACCACCCUCUGUAGAACCGACGUUUAAACCAAAUAAUUUUUCCAGUUUUAUGGGAACAAAUAUGCCAUUUAGUUUGAUGAACUCCAAUUCGACUUUAUUGGGAAAUAACUCAUUCGCUGCCACAACGACGCAAGCGGAAACAGCAACAAGUUACAGCAUUAACAACGCUAUAUCUAGUCUAUUCCCUUCGAUCGCCUGUCCUCCUCCUCCUCCCUCAACUGGAUCCGAAGCUACUACUCCCAGCUACUAUAAUCCGGCACAUGCUCCAUUAUUGCCUCCGCCCAUGCCUCCUUUUAGUAAAUCUGAGGACCAAUUCGGAGUGACAACCUAUUCGGAUACAUACACGAAUUCCACCUUCACGGACAUCAGUUAUGACCCAACAAAUACUGCCAGUACAUAUCCACCAACACCUUUAACCGCCCCUCUUCCCCCUUUACCAUCAGCACCUUACAGCGCCGAAUAUACCAAUUACGACAAUACAGUUCCUCCUUACGCUUCCAAUCGAUUACCAUUGGAGUCGAAUGUUCCCGUUCUGAUGGACGAUUAUAAUCCUGCCGAGGAGGUGGAGACGUGGGAUUUGGAACCCACAUGGGAUCAGCCGCCGCCCAUUCUACAAGACACCCCCGAAAGUCCACCAAUGUCAGAAAAGACAGGAUUCGGAGAUCCGGUGGAGUAUCACGAAGAGCAUGCCUUUGGCAGGGCCGACGUUGAUCACCGGGUGCUCUCCUCGUCGGCGGUCACCGAGUCUAUGGUUCCGAAUGAUUCGAAGGUCAAGCAUCACAGUAAAGAUGUCGAUCAUCGUAACUUGAUCAGUUUAACUGGUUCACCUAGUGAUGUACGACCUUCGUGGACACCUAAAACCGAUAAGGAUUUACGUGUCACUACCACGCCAGCAACGCCUGGAACUGGAGCGGAUCGAGAUUACAGAGUGCCUUUUAUUGAGAAUUUGAAAUUACCACCUCCUCCACCACCACCACCGCAAGCGUUAACGGGCGAGCAGGCAAUUUCUCAAUUGAACAACAACUUUCUACAAAACCAAAACACAUUUAAUACAGCAACAAAUCCCUUUUCUUUAAAUAUAUUGUCCAAUUCGAAUUUUACCAAGCCGCCGCCGAGCAUGUACAAUCCAAUGGAAUCUCAGGUGAAACAGGCGCGAUUUUUUCCUGGAAAAAAACCUGGGCUAUCGCCUAGAAAAGGUCAGGAUAAUGUGGAAAGUAUCGACAUGGACUUGAGUGACGAUAACGAACUCGAUGAGUCGUCCAACUUCGAAGACGGCUUCGAGCCGCCCUCGGAUUUAUUCGAUGAUGUUGACGCGAAUAAUUUCUUGGACAAUGUUAAUGAAAAUCUCGAUUUGGAAGAUCUGGUCUCGGAUGAUUUACAUUUGGAAGACAAUGAGCACAAUAUGCAGUAUAGGCAGGAUUUCGAGUCGAAAAUUGCGUCUGGGGUGUUUAAUAUGAUUCCACCCCUAUUUGACAGGGUACCUCCGUUGGAUAAUAAUAUGGUGAACCGGUCACAGGACUGGAAUGAGCAAGGUUUCAAUAUCAAAAUGGAUUUUGAAACUGAAGAAGCUAUGGGAAAUCGAAUGGAGUUUCCUAAUUUGCGAAGAGGUAAUAUGAGAGGUAACUUUAAUAAUGGAGCUGUUCGCGGUGUUAGAGGGAAUAAGCUACUUAGAGGGGGUCGUGGCAAUCCAAAUUAUAGAGGGUUUGGCCAGAGAGGGCGUGGUUUUCGUGGGCGAGGAAGAGGUAAUGAAAGUAUGAGAGGAAGAGGAAGGGGGCGCGGCUACGACGGCAAUCACGGAGGCUAUGAUACCAAUCGAGGAGGUUUUGAUGGUAGUCGAGGUAGAGGUCACGAUGGUAACCGAGGCAGAGGUCAUGAUGGUAACCGAGGCAGGGGCCAUGAUGGUUAUAGAGGUAGAGGUAAUGAUGGCAACAGAGGCAGAGGAGAUUUUAGAGGUAGGGGCGAUUUCCGAAAUGUUAGAGGUGGCUUUACUUCAAUGUGAAUAAAUGUGGGAUUUAGA